AUGUCGACCGGAGUCAAUGGGAGUGAUGCGUUAUUGGCCGAUAAGAGGUUCCUGAAACCGCCGAUCAACCUGCCUUUGACUUCAGGAUCUCCAGGAAACAGAUCAGACGACCCCGCGUGCUCAGCAGUUGCUGGAGAACUUUCACCUUCUACAACAACAACAGAAGAUUUCAGAGACCGAUAUAAUUUGUUACUGGAGUUGACAGCUUGGCUGCGGUCCAAAUUAAUUCCUGGUUUUGAUCAACGGGGUACAGGACACAUUAUCAGUGGCAAGGAGAGAUAUGGCGCGAUAAAAGCUACCCGCACGCUCCUAAAUGGGGUCACGCUUCCCCCCUCUGUGAAGCCGUCUGACAUAAUUCAGGCUGUGGAGACAGCGGCAAACUGGAUACACAAAGGUCUUUGGGAGGAAUUUCAACAAUACGGACUGAUGUUGUCCACACCGAUCAACAUGACGGGCAAUGUUCCUAACACCUUUUUGCAAGGGCCAUCAUCUGAUUUCUUUCACAGUGGGCAAGGACCAAGCCAUCUCAAGCGAGUUGACGAGGCCUUGCCAUUCCCUUCUUAUCUGGUUGACAGAGCUCAAGGGGAUCCUCCGCCCGCUAUGAACUCAGAGAUGCGAUCCCUUGAUAUUGGCUUGCCUGGUGAGGCUUGGCAUACCACGGAGAAGCCUCAAAUCGGCCUGCAUCCCAGUCAUGUGUCUUAUGAUUCCCCACAGUUGAAGUGUGAUUACCGGGCGUUGGAGUUGUAUUCUGAACACACACCGGUGGCCCCACAAGCUGUUUCAACCCAAUAUCUGGGGACAGGACAGAUUGUCGGGUAUGAUGGAUUUUUAGCGCCGGAAGGAGAUUGCGUCCUAGACGGUCGGGUCCCUUCGGGACUGUCCUCUUUAGAUAGAGAAUACAGUUAUCCCCCCCAAAUCUUUCAUCAAGCUCGGCAUUACCAGCUUGAGCCUCAGCCAGAUUGGACAGCAGAUAAUCAACCACCACAGGGUAACUACCUGCCUUGGCAGGAUUUGCAAUACCAGCAGAGUUCGUCGUCUCAGCCUCCGCCGGGUCCGCCAUAUGGAUGGACAGGGUAA